GGCAAUCGUUAGAGCAGCAGCGGCCGAAGUAGCAACUGCUACUAUUCCUGGAACCAUGGCUGAGUAAGACUACUCAACAGGACGUGAAGGUGGAAAAGAUUUGCUCCAGUUAGUUAGUUCUUUGGUUUUCUGCGUCAAGCCGUGGACCUUCCCUUCGCGAGCUUUUCUCAUCAUGAGUGGACCCUUCGAUAAGAAGAUUAGCAGCGUUUUCACUGACAUUUCCAACUCAGUCAGUUGCCAUGCGGGCACCAAAGAUUCUCCUACGCUUCCUGAAUCGUCCAUCACCGACGUGGGAUAUUAUAGCACCCCACACGCUCAGCAUGAAUAUUACCCCAGCCAGCCUUAUACUCAGCCUAUGAAUCCCUAUGCAUACCCCCCCCAAUUUAACUUCAGUGGGAUGGGGGCGACGGGGACCUACUCCCCUAAGCCUGACUAUGCUUACAGCACUUCAUAUAGACAAUAUGGACCUUUCCAGGAGCAGCAGCUGCCCAGUCAAGAAACAGCUUCAGUGAAGGAAGACCCUGAACCUGAAGUGCGAAUGGUCAAUGGAAAACCCAAAAAAAUCCGAAAGCCUCGCACAAUUUACUCUAGCUACCAGCUGGCAGCUUUGCAAAGCCGAUUCCAAAAGGCACAGUACCUGGCAUUGCCAGAGAGGGCAGAGUUGGCUGCACAACUUGGACUAACACAGACACAGGUGAAAAUUUGGUUCCAAAACCGCAGAUCUAAGUUUAAGAAAUUGUACAAAAAUGGAGAGGUCCCCUUGGAAAAGAGCUCCAAUAACAGUGACUCCAUGGCUUGUAAUUCUCCAUCUCCUGCCCUCUGGGACAGUAAUACUCAUAAUAACCCAGCCAGCAGGAGCCAAAUCCCCCAGCCACCCUCUUAUAAUUCUACUACAAACUACCCAGAAAAUCCGAAUUCUUGGUUCCAGCAUCAAAAUCUGAACGGGCCCCACUUGCAACAACAGGGUCCUCCGCCCACUUCUGACUCUAUGCAUCACCCAUCUCCAGGGCCUCCUCCCAAUCCUGGAGCAGUUUAUCAACCUCCUUUCCCUCCUCAAUGAAACCAGUGGAGCAGGAAAAAAGGAAUGAGGGAGACAGAGAGAGAGAGAGAGAAUCAAACAGAAGGCAACAAGUUAAAACCCUUUGAUAUGUUUCACAGGACAUGUACACAUUCCAUCUCAUCUCAGGAACAAGUGAAUUGCAACAGGGCUAAGACAGUAGGGGAGACCCUUGGGGGAGGGGGUUUAAAUAAAUGUGAAAGGGAGAGAAACUACUUGCAGCCCAUGUUGUAUUUCAAUCAAAUUGAUUUCAUCAAGAACUCUGUUACCCACUUCUUGGAUGAUUUCUCUCUGGGUUAAUUGUUCCCAAUCUCCACUAUCAUCUGGGUGGCUCUCAGCAUGGUUAAAGAAGAGCUGCAUGGAAAAGGAGAAAAGGAGGGGAAAAUAUCCCUUUUUUCCUUUAAUGUAUUUUGGUUUUGCUUUGUUCUAUUUGUUGAUGACCUCCCCAAGCAGAGUGGUUUUGAGAGGUAUCAACUUCAUGUGUCUUCUGAAAGAUUAUCUUCUGAUUGGUUGCAAAUACCAAAUCAGUUAUUGAUGCCCAAGACAGGAAUAGUCUUGAACUGUUACUUAGCCAUGCAGUUGGGAAUGGGAACAAUGUAAGCUAUCAACUCUUUCUCAUUUUACACAUCAUCUUGGAAAUACUGUCCUACUGGAAAUUAUAGCAAUGUUCUAAAAAGGCUGUGGAAACCUGGAAAAAAACAAUACUGACCUUACCAAUGUUUAUUCUGAAUUUAUACUGAAUGCACUCUUAAUUGCAGAUUAAAAAAGAAAAAAAAUUUAAAGUAAACUUUUGUACUGGUUUUUCAUCUGGUGAUGGAAGAGAAAAAAGUGUUCUCAGUUCUAUACUACCUCUGGUUAAUAGUCUUGUCCUGAGCGUUUGAGGUGGAUACUUCACACCAUAAAAAUAAAUGAAGAAUUCCAAUACACAAGGGAACAAAAAAACAAACUGAUCUCCUUUAUAAUUCUCAGCACAUACUGUUAAACCAAGGGUUUUGGACAAUUUUUUAAAAAUAAACUCUAGUAGUUUGAUUUACUUAACAUUAAAUCACAACUCAUGGUUAACAAAAACCAGAAUUCCUGGCUUCAUUUAACAUGCUAAACCAGAGCCUA